GCUUUAAAAUCCGAGCCGCACCUGAACGCAGCUCAGACUGGCGAGUUCCCGAAAACCUUGAAGUUGUGAAGAAAGUCAGCGGGAAGACACAGCGCACUCACCGGCCUGCUUUCUCUCACAUUCAGCCACAGUCCCGACCAGAAGAUACAGAGAAGUGACGGGAAGAGCCGUGGAAGAUGCCGGCCACAGAGAAGGACCUGGCUGAGGACGCUCCGUGGAAGAAGAUCCAGCAGAACACCUUCACCCGCUGGAUCAACGAGCACCUGAAGUGCGUCAACAAGCGGAUCGUGGACCUGCAGCUGGACCUGGGCGACGGCCUGAGGCUCAUCGCCCUGCUGGAGGUCCUCAGCCACAAGACCAUGUACAGAAAGUACCACUCGAGGCCCACCUUCAGGCAGAUGAAACUGGAGAACGUGUCGGUGGCUCUGGAGUUCCUGGACAAGGAGAGCAUAAAGCUGGUCUCCAUUGACUCUAAAGCCAUUGUAGACGGGAACCUGAAGCUGAUCCUGGGUCUGAUCUGGACUCUGAUCCUGCACUACUCCAUCUCCAUGCCCAUGUGGGAGGGUGAGAGUGAAGAGUCAGAGUCAAAGACACCGAAGCAGCGUCUGCUGGGCUGGAUUCAGCACAAAGUCCCUGAUCUGCCCAUUACCAACUUCAGCCAGGACUGGAGCAACGGCAGAGCACUGGGAGCACUGGUGGACAGCUGUGCUCCAGGUCUGUGUCCAGACUGGGAGACCUGGGAUCCAGUGAAACCAGUAGAGAAUGCCACUGAAGCCAUGCAGCUGGCUGAUGACUGGCUGGGAAUCCCACAGGUGAUCGCUCCAGAGGAGAUCAUCGACCCCAAAGUGGAUGAACAGUCGGUGAUGACCUACCUGUCCCAGUUCCCCAAAGCCAAGCUGAAGCCUGGAGCUCCACUGAAGCCCAAACUGAACCCCAAGAAGGCUCGAGCAUACGGACCUGGGAUCGAGCCCACAGGGAACAGGGUGCUGCGUCCUGCUGUGUUCACCGUGGACACGUUCAGCGCAGGACAGGGACCCGUCACCGUCUACCUGGACCAUCCGGACGGCACCAGAGAGGAGCUGAAAACGGAGCUCAAUGAGAGCAAGAAGACGUACACCGUCACCUACACCCCUCAAGUCAUGGGACCUCACAAGGUGACCGUGCUGUUUGCAGGCCAGCAGAUUCCCAAAAGUCCAUUUGAGGUGGACGUGGACAAGGCGCUGGGCGAUGCUUCCAAAGUCACAGUGAAAGGACCGGGAAUCGAACCUGUGGGCAACAUCGCCAACAAAGCCACCUACUUUGACAUCUACACUGCAGGCGCCGGCACCGGAGACGUUUCAGCCAUGAUCAGAGACCCUCAGGGCCGCCAGAACACUGUGGAAGUGAUGAUGGAGGAUAAGGGCGACAGCAUGUACCGCUGCACCUACCGACCCACCCAGGCCGGACCGCACGCCGUCACCGUCACCUUCGGGGGGGCGGGAGUCCCUAAGAGCCCCUUCAGCGUAGACGUGGGACCAGCCUGCAUGCCGGGGGCGUGCCGGGCGACGGGCCGGGGGCUCCAGCCGUCCGGGCUGAGGGUGAAACAGGUCGGAGACUUCAAGGUGGACACCAGGAACGCCGGCAGUGGAGAGCUGAAGGUGCUCGUCAAAGGACCCAAGGGCAUCGAAGAGCCAGUGAAGCACAUCUCCAGUCAGGACGGUGUGUUCUCGUAUGAGUAUUACCCCAACAGCCCGGGGAAAUACACCGUCUCCAUCACCUGGGGGGGUCAGCACAUCCCAAAGAGUCCGUUCGAUGUCGUGGUUGGUCAGGAGGCAGGGCCUCAGCAGAUCCGGGCCUGGGGUCCUGGCUUGGAGGGAGGUGUGGUGUGUGAACCUGCCAGCUUUGUGGUGGAGUCCAUCGGCACCGACGCCGGAGUGUUGGGUUUUGCCAUUGAAGGACCUUCACAGGCCAAAAUCGAGUGUGAGGACCAAAACGACGGGUCGUGUGAUGUCCGUUACUGGCCAACAGAACCUGGUGAAUAUGCCGUCCACGUGACCUGCGAUGAGGAGGACAUCGAGCACAGCCCCUUCAUGGCUUAUAUCGUCCCUAACAGCAGCAGCAGCCACCCGGAUAAGGUUCAGGCGUACGGACCAGGACUGGAGAAGAGUGGCUGCCUGGUCAACCAACCUGCUGAGUUCACUGUCAACGCUAAGGAUGCUGGGAAAGGAGCUCUGAAGAUCACAGCUCAGGAUGCAGAGGGGCUUCCUGUGGAGGUGAAGGUGAGGAGUAAAGGUGAUGGGAUGUACAGCUGCUCCUACACACCCAGCUCUCCCCUCAAACACACCGUGGCCGUGGCCUGGGCAGGAGUCAGCGUCCACAACAGCCCCUUCAGGGUGAAUGUGGGGAAAGGCAGCCACCCCAACAUGGUGAAGGUGUUUGGUCCUGGAGUGGAGAGGAGUGGACUGAAGGCCAACGAGCCGACACACUUCACUGUGGACUGUUCAGGAGCUGGAGACGGUGAUGUCAGCGUGGGCAUCAAGUGUGACGCCAACAUGGUCGGUGACAAAGAGGCUGAUGUGGACUUUGACAUCAUCCCCAACGCCAACGACACGUUCACGGUCAAAUACGUCCCUCCUGCUGCUGGAAGACUCACAGUCAAAGUCCUGUUCACCGACAAAGAGGUUCCACAGAGCCCCUUCAGCAUUAAAGUCGAUCCUUCCCAUGAUGCAUCAAAAGUGAAAGCAGAAGGUCCUGGACUGGCUCGCACUGGUGUAGAGAGCGGGAAGCCGACUCAUUUCACAGUGUUGACUAAAGGAGCUGGAAAAGCUCCGCUGGAUGUUUCCUUCUCGUCUCCCGUAAAAGACUUUGACAUCAUCGACAACUAUGACUACUCUCAGACGGUCAAGUACACACCUGGGCUGCAGGGAGAGAUGACCAUCGUGGUGAAGUUUGGAGGGGAUCCCAUCUCCAAGAGCCCCUUCACGGUCGGAGUGGCUGCCCCACUGGACCUCAGCAAGGUCACCGUGGACAACCUGGAUGGACGAGUGGAGGUGGAUCAGGAGCAGCAGUUUGUGGUGGAUACUAAGGGUGCAGGAGGCCAGGGCCACCUGGAGGUGGCGGUGCUGAGUCCCAGGCAGCGGGCCGUACCGUGUAAAAUGGAGGCUCAGCCUGGAAAAGCAGACGUCAGCCGGGUCCGCUACACCCCCACAGAGGAGGGGGUGUACUCUGUCAACGUGUCCUACGACGGACACCCGGUCCCUGGGAGCCCCUUCCCUGUGGAGGCCCAGCUACCUCCAGACCCCAGCAAGGUGAAGGCGUUUGGUCCCGGUCUGAAGGGAGGUUUGGUUGGGAACCCGGCUGAGUUCACCAUCGACACCAAAGGAGCCGGCACCGGAGGUCUGGGUCUGACAGUGGAGGGGCCGACCGAGGCCAAACUCGAAUGUUCUGAUAACGGAGACGGGACCUGCUCUGUCUCCUACCUGCCCACUGAAGCUGGAAACUACCUGGUCAACAUCCAGUUUGAGAACGUCCACAUCCCGGGCUCACCGUUCAGAGCCGACAUCCAGAUGCCUUUUGAUCCCUCCAAGGUGGUGGCCUCAGGGUCUGGCCUGAAGAGAGGCAAGGUUGGAGAGACCAGCGUUGUGAAUGUGGACUGUUCUCAGGCCGGACCGGGUCAGCUGAGCCUGGAGGCGGCCCUGGACUCCCCUCCAUCCAGCCCUACUGGCUCUGCACCGGGCUCAGGUAUGAAAGCAAAGACGGAGGUGAUUGACAACAGAGACGGGACGUACACGGUGACCUACAUCCCCCUGACCUCCGGCAUGUACACCCUGCUGCUGAAGUACGGAGGCAAGACUGUGCCUGGUUUCCCUGCCAAAGUGAAGGUGGACCCUGCUGUGGACACCUCCAGAGUCAAAGUGUUUGGACCUGGAGUGGAGGGACAAGCUGUUUUCUUAGAAGCCACCACAGAUUUCACUGUGGACGCCCGUCCUCUGACUCCACGAGGAGGAGACCAUGUGAAGGUGAACGUCAGGAACCCGUCUAAAGCCAUGACGGACUGUGUGGUGACCGACAACGCUGACGGGACGUACAGCGUGGAGUACACUCCUUUUGAGAAGGGUGUCCACAGUGUCCAGGUUCUGUAUGACGACACUGCGGUUCCCAACAGCCCGUUCAGGGUUUCUGUGUCGGAGGGAUGCUCGGCCAGUCGGGUGGUGGCUACCGGCCCUGGACUCCAACAAGGCCUGAGCGAGCAGCCCAACCACGUCAGCGUCGUCACCAGAGGGGCAGGUAUUGGCAAUCUGGGCAUCACUGUGGAGGGUCCAUCAGAGUCCAAGAUGUCCUGCAUAGACAACAAAGAUGGCAGCUGCAGUGUUGAGUACACUCCUUACAAACCCGGCCUCUACGACGUCAACAUCACCUACGGAGGAGAACAUAUCCCAGGAAGUCCAUUUAAAGUCCCAGUUAAAGACGUGGUGGACCCCACUAAGGUCAAGGUGUCUGGUCCUGGAGUGGGGUCAGAGGUCAGGGCCAACAUACCACAAUCCUUCAAGGUGGACUGCAGGAAGGCAGGUGUGGCCCCGCUGGCUGUGACAGUCACUGGUCCUAAAGGCGUGGCAGAGCCCACAGAGGUGACCGACAACGGGGACGGGACUCACUCUGUGUCCUACACUCCUGCUGUGGAAGGACCGUACUCUGUAGCUGUGAAGUAUGGAGACGAAGACGUCCUCAGCAGUCCCUUCAAGUUUCAGGUUCUUCCUCAGCACGAUGCCAGCAAAGUUCGUGCCCGCGGCCCCGGGCUAACCAGCGGCCUACCCGCCAGCUUUCCUGUUGAGUUCAAUAUUGAUGCUAAAGAUGCCGGCCAGGGCCAACUGAGCGUGCUCAUUACAGAUGAGGAUGGCGUCCCUAAGCAGCCUACUAUCCACGAUAACGGUGACGGCACAUAUCGGGUGUCUUACAUCCCUGACCGCGCAGGCCGCUACACUAUUUCUGUAAAAUACGGCGGUGACAACAUCCCUGCAUCGCCCUACAAGGUCCGCGCCACGGCAACUGGAGAUGCCAGCAAAUGCAUCGUCACUGGUCCAGGUGUGGGUCCCACGGUGGCCAUCGGCAAGGAGCUGGGCCUGGUGGUGAACACUAAGGGUGCUGGGAAGGGGAAGGUGAACUGCGUGGUGGUGCAGCCUGACGGCAGCGAGGUGGAGGCUGAGGUGGUGGAGAAUGAAGACGGCACUUUUGACAUCUUCUACACCGCACCAGCGCCUGGGAACUACGCCAUCUACAUCCGUUUUGGAGGGAAAAACAUCCCGUGCAGUCCCUUCAAUGUCAUGGCUACCGAUGAGGUACCCAUGAUGAAAGAGCAGACGUCUCUACAGCAGCAGGCCGCUCCCCCCGGAGCAGGCUUCCAGCCAUGGGUCAUAUCAGACAAGUAUGGCGUCAACGGCAGCGGCUUCAGGCCGUUUGACAUGGUCAUACCGUUCUCCUUGAGGAAAGGAGAAGUCACCGGUGAGGUGCUGAUGCCUUCAGGUAAAUCUGCUCCACCGCUCAUCACAGACAACCAGGAUGGGACGGUCACAGUGCAGUAUUCUCCUACUGAGGCCGGCCUGCACGAAAUGCACAUCAAAUACAACGGCACACAUAUCCCAGAGUCUCCCCUUCAGUUCUACGUGAAUCACGCCAAUCGUCACAACGUCAUCGCCUACGGUCCUGGUCUGAGCUACGGCGUGGCCAACAAGACCGCCACCUUCACCGUCUACACUGAGGACGCCCCUGAGGGAGGUCUGGACCUGGCCGUUGAAGGUCCAUCUAAAGCAGAGAUCACCUGUGUGGACAACAAAGACGGGCUGUGUAACGUGUCCUACCUGCCCACGCUGCCUGGAGACUACAACAUCCACGUCAGAUACAACGAUGAGCACAUUUCUGGCAGCCCCUUCAGCGCCAGGAUCGUCGAGGACAACACGCGGCGCUCUCAGGUCAAACUGGGCUCUGCAGCAGAUUUCUCUCUGGACAUCAGUGAGACGGACCUCAGCCUGCUGACGGCCAGCAUCAGGGCGCCCUCUGGACGUGACGAGCCCUGUCUGCUGAAGAGAAUGGCAAACAACCACAUCGGUAUAUCCUUCAUCCCCCGGGAGGUCGGCGAGCACCAGGUCAGCAUCAUGAAGAACGGCUGCCACGUGGCCAACAGUCCCAUCACCAUCAUGGUCGUCCAGUCUGAGAUCGGCGACCCCAGCAGAGUCAGAGUUUAUGGUGACGGCGUGGUCCAGGGAACCACCUUCAGCAACUCCAGCUUUGUGGUCGACACACGCGAGGCCGGGUUUGGUGCUCUGGCUCUGGCCAUCGAAGGUCCCAGUAAGGUGGAGAUCCAGACAGAGGACCUGGAGGACGGUACCUGUGGAGUCUCCUACUGUCCUACUGAACCUGGAAACUACAUCGUCUCAGUCCGCUUCUCUGAGGAACACGUCCCAGGAAGUCCGUUCUCAGUGCGUGUGACCGGCGAAGGUCGCAUCCGGGAGAGCAUCACCAGACGACAGAAGGCGGCAUCUGUGGCCAGUGUGGGGAGUGUGUGUGACCUCAGCCUGAAAAUACCAGUAAGUUGGUUCCUCCUGGUAUCUUCUCAGCAGCUCCUUUCUCACUCCUCCUCCCGCUCCUACUGCUCCCUUCGGUGGUCCAGAAGAUCCGGUGCGGCUCGUCCCUCUGCCAUUCCCCGGGAUCAGAGCCUCUCCCCUGGACGGGUCUGUCUGAUCUCUGGCCUCUCUGGUCUGGUCCUGGCGGGUGAAGCGAGAGCAGCAGGGGGUGUUUGGGUGGUUGAUGCCCACCGACCGGCAGGCAGAGCUGGGGUGGAGGCCAUCGACAUGAAGGACGUCACGGCUGAGGUCACUUCACCGUCUGGAGCCAGUCAGCCGGCUGAGCUGGUUGCCAUGGGCAACGACACCUACGCCGUGCGCUUCGUCCCCACAGAGAUGGGCGUGCACAGCGUGAGUGUAAAGUACAGGGGCGUGCACGUGCCUGGAAGUCCCUUCCAGUUCACUGUGGGACCACUGGGGGAGGGAGGGGCCGCCAAGGUGAGAGCAGGAGGUCCAGGACUGGAGGGAGCAAAGGCUGGAGAGCCAGCUGAGUUCAGUAUCUGGGCCAGAGAGGCGGGGGCUGGAGGUCUGUCCAUCGCUGUGGAGGGACCCAGCAGGGCAGAGAUCGACUUCGACGACCGCAAAGACGGAUCCUGUGGCAUCUCCUACGUCGCUCAAGAGCCUGGUGAUUAUGAGAUUUCUGUCAAGUUUAAUGAGCAGCACAUCCCUGACAGCCCCUACCUGGUUCCUGUGGUGGCUCCAGUCAACGACGCCCGUCGUCUCUCUGUUGCCGGUCUUCAGGAGUCUGGUCUGAAGGUGAAUCACCCAGCAUCCUUUGCGGUGUCUCUGAAUGGAGCGCAGGGUAAGAUGGACGCCCAAGUCCACAGCCCCUCUGGAUCUGUGCAGAAGUGUGUCGUCUCAGAGCUGGAAAGAGACAAAUACGCUGUCCGCUUUAUACCCCGGGAGAACGGCAUUCACACCAUCGAUGUCAAGUUCAACGGCUCUCACAUCCCAGGAAGUCCUUUCCAGGUCCGAGUUGGAGAACCAGGACAGACUGGAGAGCCCAGCCUGGUGACGGCGUAUGGAUCAGGACUGGAGAGAGGCACGACAGGUACCCAGUCAGAGUUCAUCAUUAACAACACCAAGGCGGGCCCUGGGACCUUAGCCGUGACCAUCGAGGGUCCGUCCAACGUGAAGAUGGACUGCCAGGAGGUUCCAGAGGGCUUCAAGGUGCUGUACACCCCCAUGGCACCUGGAAACUACCUGAUCAGCAUCAAAUAUGGAGGACCUAACCACAUCACUGACAGCCCCUUCAAGGCCAAAGUCACAGGUCCUCGCCUUGUAAACGUGACAAACGCCAGCCAGACGUCGACCCUGACGGUGGAUCCGGCGGUUCGGGCAUCCAGCAGCAGCUUCGCUCAGAGUGCCAUGCCCAGACCGACCGAGUCUGACGCCAGUAAGGUGCAGAGCCGAGGAACCGGACUCAGCAAGGCCUUCGUGGGUCAGAGGAGCAGCUUCUCUGUCGACUGCAGCAAAGCUGGUAAGAACAUGCUCCUGGUGGGUGUGUACGGCCCUCAGGUUCCCUGUGAGGAGGUUCUGGUCAAACAUUUGGGCAACCUGCAGUACAACGUCAGCUACGUGCUGAAGGAGCGGGGCAACUACAUGCUGGUGGUCAAAUGGGGCGAUGACCACAUCCCAGGCUCCCCCUUCCACGUCGCUGUUCCUUGAUGCUGUCACUCCUCCUGCUCCGUUCCACAUCCCAGUUAAAGUGGACACUUCAGUGGACACUGUCCAAUGAACAAGCUGCUCAACUCUGUAAAAAUCUGAUGUUUUAAGGAUUUUCUGCCUUCCUCAACUGAUUUGCAUGUUGUAAUGUUUCUCAAACUGCCCUUAAUAGAGGGACUCAAGUGUCAAAUUCUAAAAGCAUUGAAGGGUAGCAUAAAGACCACAUCAGUGAAUGUAAACCUGCUACUUUUCUGUGUUAAACUGUGGAAGACAUACAGAUGGAGACAGAGGUUUAACCUAUUAAUUACUGCUACCAUGGAAUUUUAAACUUCACAGUUGAUGUUUUUCAUACCUAAUUGGUGGAUUAGAGAUGCUGUUUUUACACAUUCCAGAAUGUGAAACUGGAUUGAGAAAAGGUUUGGACUGAAAUGAGUGAGGUCAGACCUUUCACAUGUAACUGGAAUUCUAUGAUACAGCGCUUUCCUUCAGUAGAACAGUGCCAGGAAUAAAGCAGAGAGUUCUGUGAGGUGUCUUCAUGUCUGAUUGUGUAUGAGGGAGCCAGAUGAGCCGCUGCCAUAGGGAACCAGCAGUAAAGAGCAGACCUAUGCAGCAAAGCGCUGUGAACGGAAAAGUGACUAAACAUCUCAGUUAGAAGAACUGGAGUUCUGUCAGUGUGACGCUCUGUUUACACGAACAGGAAGUGUCAAACUGUAUGAAACUACUGAUGCUUGUUGUUGAACUGGAGCUACCAGAAUCCCACUACUUCCUGCUGCCAUAAUGAAGCGACGGCGGGUAAAGCUGCCUUCACACUACUGUCUCCUGCACUGUUCAACAGACUACUCAAUGAUGUGCUGGACUUUUGGGUUCACUGCUGUUCUCUGCUGUCUUUUCCUCUGUUUUCACAUAAACAGAUCUGACUUUGUUCUAGUCUGCCUGGACAGAAGAUGCUGAUGAACCAGAUUUGAUGUGAUGAUAAAGAGUGUGAUGAUCCAUGAGUGAUGCACACAUCACUGCAUAAAGCGUUAAAAAACACUCAGAAUCAGAUAGGAACUGGAAUAUGAGGUCAGACUUUGAGUUUGUGUGUGAAUCUUGAAGGAAUGGUGUCUUACCUGUUGGUUUUCUCCUAAUCACUGCUACUUUUGAUACUUUUGGGUUUUUGUAUGGGGUGAGAAACGCUUCAUUUUGUACUGGGCAGUGGGCUGUGCUACAUGAAACAAAACCCUGAGAUGAUGUACAUUUGAUAAUUAAAAUCAGCUGGAAUUCA